CUCAAAGGAGUCAUUGUAGGCAGGGAUGAGAGUGUGUGCAGCCGCGGUGUGAGUGCUGUGAGUGUGUGUUGACCCCCUCCUCCUCCUCCUCUUCCUCCUUAACUAGCUGGUCAGCAGCUAGCGGGGGAUUAGAGAAGCUGCCCCACUCCACACACUCCACUCACAGCAGACGGAGAGGAUUGCGGUGCGCGUGAAUCAUGCUCGGCGUCAUUACUACCGACUGGGAGUGGAGCCGAAAUUGUGCAAGAUACGGAUAACAGCGAGGGAAAGGUCCAUGCGGAUACAGACAAGUUAAGUCGUUUUAUUGUUCUGCCGUGAAAAUGCCUCACAAGGGGCUCCGCUCCUAUUCUGCUCGGACCCGUCGCAUUAUUAACUUGCCUCCCUCACAUGUGCUCAAUGUUGAAGAAGUGGCCAGGAGGAGAAACCUGUGAGGACGGAAGCUAAAGCCAAAGAACGAACGGAUAUUUUUGAUUUCUGCGCCUUUUUCCCAAGUGGAAAAAGAAUAAGGAGGGGGAAGGGGGUGAAAAAAGUUACACUUGUUGGUGAAAGAAAGAGGAAACAUGGGGAACGCAGGGAGUAUGGACCAGCACCCUGAUUUCAGGGGACACAACAUGCCUCUGAAACUGCCCAUGCCCGAGCCAGGGGAGCUGGAGGAGAGAUUUGCCACAGUUUUGAACUCGAUGAAUCUUCCUCCAGACAAAGCACGACUGUUGCGGCAGUACGACAACGAGAAGAAGUGGGAGCUCAUAUGUGAUCAGGAGCGAUUCCAAGUGAAAAACCCUCCGCACACAUACCUCCAAAAGCUGAGGAGUUAUCUCGACCCUGCAGUAACACGAAAGAAAUUCAGACGGAGAGUUCAGGAGUCCACCCAAGUCCUGAGAGAACUGGAAAUUUCGUUACGGACCAAUCACAUCGGGUGGGUGAGAGAAUUCUUGAAUGAAGACAACAAAGGCCUGGACGUGCUGGUGGAGUAUCUUUCUUUUGCACAGUAUGCCGUCACGUUUGAUGGAGACCUUGUGGAGAACAACCCUGAGGCUGCUAUGGACAAGUCCAAACCCUGGAGUCGAUCUAUCGAAGACCUGCAUGGAGGAAGCACUCUGCCUUCUCCUAUCACGGGGAACGGCAUCACACGUGCUGGGCGCCAUUCCACGCUACGCUGUAACACACUGCCGAGUCGGAGAACCCUGAAAAACUCCAGGCUGGUCUGCAAGAAAGAUGACGUCCACGUUUGCAUCAUGUGUCUGCGUGCGAUCAUGAACUAUCAGUAUGGCUUUAACAUGGUCAUGUCACACCCACACGCUGUGAAUGAAAUUGCACUAAGUCUCAACAACAAAAACCCAAGAACGAAAGCUCUGGUCUUGGAGCUCCUGGCGGCAGUUUGUCUCGUGAGAGGAGGCCACGAAAUUAUUCUCUCCGCGUUCGACAACUUUAAAGAGGUGUGCAUGGAGACGCAGCGGUUCGAGAGGCUAAUGGAGUAUUUCAAAAACGAGGACAACAACAUCGACUUUAUGGUUGCCUGUAUGCAGUUCAUCAACAUUGUGGUGCACUCAGUGGAGGAUAUGAACUUCAGGGUUCAUCUACAGUUCGACUUCACCAAGCUGUGUCUGGACGACUACUUAGACAAAUUAAAACACACGGAGAGCGAUAAGCUGCAGGUUCAGAUUCAGGCCUACCUGGAUAACGUGUUUGACGUGGGAGCUCUCCUGGAGGAUGCAGAGACCAAAAAUGCCGCUCUGGAGCGCGUGGAGGAGCUGGAGGAGAACAUGUCGCAUAUGACAGAGAAGCUGCAGGACAUGGAGAAUGAAGCCAUGCUGAAGAUCGUGGAGCUGGAGAAGCAGCUGAUGCAAAGGAACAAGGAUCUUGAAACCAUCAGGGAAGCCUACAAAGACACCAGCUCGCAGGUGCACUCGCUUCGGCAGGUGCUGAAGGAGAAAGACGAGGCCAUCCAGCGACAGAGCAACCUGGAGAAGAAGAUCCAUGAGCUGGAGAGACAAGGCACCAUCAAGAUCCACAAGAAGGGAGACGGAGACAUCUCCAUCCUGCCGUCACCGCCGCCUGGUGUGGUGGGCCCGGCUGGCUCUGUAAUGGGAGGAAACGCUACAGCUGUUGGUCCAAAUCAUGUGGGAGUCAUUCCUGGCACCCCUGCUCCUCCACCUCCUCCUCCCGCGCCUCCUCUUCCUGUGAACGGCACACUGUUAAAUGGACCAUCAUCGUCCAUUCCUGCUGCAGCGCCUCCCCCGCCCCCACCGCCGCCGCCUCCUCCCCCUCCUCCUCCACCUCCUCCUCCCCCAGGGCCGGACAUCUCAGCGCCUAUGCCUCCUCCACCUCCUCCUGUUGCCCCCCCACUGCCAGGCUGUGGGACGCCGACUGUCAUCAUGAACUCUGGGUUAGCAGAGGGACCCAUCAAACUGUUCUCUGUUAAGAUCAAAAAACCCAUCAAGACAAAGUUCCGUAUGCCCGUCUUCAACUGGGUGGCUCUGAAACCAAACCAGAUCAACGGGACUGUCUUCAAUGAGAUUGAUGACGAGAGGAUACUCGAGGACUUAAACGUGGAUGAGUUUGAGGAGAUGUUUAAGACGAAAGCUCAGGGUCCGGCGAUUGAUCUCAGCUUGAGCAAGCAGAAGAUCAUUCAGAAGGGGCCCAACAAGGUGACGCUACUGGACUCCAACCGAGCCAAGAACCUGGCCAUCACUCUCAGGAAAGUGGGCAAAACUCCUGAGGAGAUCUGCAAAGCGAUACAGAUAUUUGAUCUGCGGACUCUGCCGGUGGAUUUUGUGGAGUGUCUGAUGCGCUUCCAGCCCACAGAAAACGAGAUUAAAGUCCUGCGGCAGUUCGAAAAGGAGCGCAAACCUGUGGAGAGCCUGACGGACGAAGACCGCUUCAUGAUGCAGUUCAGUAAAAUCGAGCGGCUCAUGCAGAAGAUGACUAUCAUGGCCUUCAUUGGCAAUUUCUGCGAGAGUGUGCAGAUGUUAACACCGCAACUUCAUGCCGUCAUCGCAGCGUCUGUGUCCAUCAAAUCAUCUCAGAAACUAAAGAAAAUCCUGGAGAUCAUCUUGGCGCUUGGAAACUACAUGAACAGCAGCAAAAGAGGAGCCGUUUAUGGAUUUAAGCUGCAGAGUUUAGACCUGCUACUCGAUACCAAAUCAACGGACCGAAAGAUAACGUUGUUACACUACAUAGCCAAUGUUGUUAAAGAGAAAUACGCUCAAGUUUCUCUCUUCUACAACGAGCUGCACUACGUGGAGAAGGCUGCAGCAGUGUCACUGGAGAAUGUGCUGCUGGAUGUGAAGGAGCUGCACAGAGGCUUGGAGCUGACUAAAAGAGAGUACAGCAUGCACGGCCACAACACCAUGCUCAAAGAGUUCAUCACACACAACGAGAGCAAGCUGAAGAAGCUGCAGGAUGAUGCAAAGAUUGCACAGGAUGCCUUUGACGAGGCGGUGAAGUUCUUUGGAGAGAACUCCAAAACAACGCCGCCUUCUGUCUUCUUCCCUGUGUUUGUGAGAUUUGUGAAGGCUUACAGGCAAGCGGAAGAGGACAACGAGCAGAGAAAGAGACAGGAACAGUUACUGAUGGAGAAACUUCUGGAACAGGAGGCCAUGAUGGAGGAAGACCAGAAGUCUCCGUCUCAUAAGAACAAGCGGCAGCAGCAGGAGCUGAUCCAGGAGCUCAGGAGGAAGCAGGUGAAAGACAGCCGGCACGUCUAUGAAGGCAAAGAUGGAGCCAUUGAGGACAUCAUCACGGCCUUAAAGAAGAAUAAUAUUACUAAAUUUCCCAAUGUCCACUCGAGGGUAAGGAACUCCUCCAGUAGCACCCCUGUAGUGGUGGAUGUGUCCCAAACCUGGCAAGCAUCUCUUUAUUACCUCCAUCCUGUCCUCUCCCUCUCUCUCCUUCUACUUCAUCACAAUAAAUUUGAAUGUCUGAUGAUUGAUAAACAGCUAUAUUUACUGUAAAUUUCCUCUCUUGUUAUGUGGGAGAUGCAUUUUGUUUACACAAGAUGCAUGGAAGGCUUUCUAGAUUUCUGACAGAGGCUUCUUAGUGUCAGACAGCUGACCCAGGAGGUUUUUUUCUUUCUGUGUCGAUCUCUCGCUGCUUUGACAGACAGGCUGCCAGCACUCUGAGCAUGUGGGCUCAUCAAAUUGCUACGACAGCUGACUGACAGAUCUUUAUACCCCCCUUCCUCCCCAUUCCAAUCUCUGCUUGCCUCUCAGACCUGAGGAAUCAGCCUUACAGGCGAGCGGACGCUGUGCGGAGGAGUGUCAGGAGACGCUUUGAUGAUCAGAACCUGCGGCCGGGGAACAACGGCGAAGUGGUCGUGUGACGAGGGAGACAGAGCAUGUGCUGGAGGGGGGAGGAGGGGGGUGAGAGGUGGAUGGAGGGGAUGUGUAGCGUUGGAAGAAAGGACUGACAGAAGGUUGGAUGCAGAGUGAAGGACGAUGAACGUUGUAGCAACCAUAGAGAUGAGUAUGUACAUAUAUUACAUAAGAAUACAUGUUAUUCCUUAUCUGUGGUAAAGUAGCAGCUUUUAUUUCGAAGGACUGAGACAUGUUUGUAUGGGACUGAAUUUAAAGAGUCGGAAAGGUUGAUUCAGAAAACCUUGGACAAGUUAAGUGCCUGAACUUAUUUUUGGAGGUCUCCUGUUUGUUUUUUUAUACUUCCACUCUGAGCAAUACGAGUUGACCUGGCUUUAAUUUGUGUUUAACUGGACAUGCGGAGGCCUUAAGAGCCGCGUGAAGAGAUGCUUCCUCGGAAAUAGAAUGUAUGGGACGUGCUCCCUUUAGCUGUUACACAUAAAACAUCCGUGUUUGCUUUAACACCAGGUGGUGUUUGGUACAUGGUCCUCUCUUCCAUUCUUCAUCCAUACAAACACGGCCUCGAACUGCACUUUUUCAUCUCACUGGGCUUCAACUUUGACAAAAGGGCUGAAGAGAAAGAUCCAGAAGAAACUUUAUAUUUGUAUUCCAGAAAGUCUAAGAGUGAUGAAGAAAAGACAUCAAAGUUCAUUCCACAACAGAAGAGAGCAAUGUGAACUGUAGAAAGAAGAAUAAUCUGUAGCCUGUCAUCUUUAGAAUCAAGCUGCUCGUCUACGUCUCAUAAAAAUGAUGCAUUUCUGCAGCAGCACAGCUUCAGAGGACGACGAGGACCACUGAAAAACAAAUAUUUUAUAUAUGCAAUUUGUUUACUUGUCAGGAAAAAGUCGGAAUUCUGAGAAAAAAGUCAGAAUUAUGGGAAAAAAGUCAGAAAUCUGAGAAAAAAUAAAACUUCUGAGAUUAAAGUCAGAAUUAUGGAAAAAAAAAUAGUCAAAAUUGUGAGAACAAGUCGGAAUUCUGAGAAAAAAGUAGGAAUUCUAGGAUUAAAGUCAGAAUUAUGAGAUUUAAGUCAGAAGAAGUGUUUGUAAAGGCAGAAUUCUUAGAAAAAAAACAACUAAAUUCUGAGUUUAAAGUCAGAAUCUGAAGGUAAAGUCGGAAUUCUGA